ACCGGAUGCUGUAGUGACCCGUGGACCCGUGUCGCUGCAGUGUUGCGUUUUCCUGUUUACGGGCGGGAAGAGCGAACGUAGCUGACUGGAAGCUACUGUGUUUAAAUCGGCAGCACAUUUCUUUUUAAUUUUCCUUGAUUCUCGUGAGUGCGGGGCAGAUGGAGGAUCCUGCAGAUUCUGGCGGUGGUGCAGCAUCGGAGGGCCCCGCGAUGCAGGUGGCAGAUAUCUGCUGGCCGAGCGGGGCUCUCCCUCUACGGCUCCUAGAGUGGAAAGUCAAACCCGGGUCUCUUGUUAACUUGGACUCCGUGCUAGCACUGUGCGCUCCCAUAUCUCAAGAGAAAGGGACAGAGGCUGCCAGGCUACCGGAGAAAAAGGUGAAAUCGGACCGAGCUGGAGUAGUCAAGGAGCUUUGCUGUCAACUUGGACAAGUUAUACCUCCCGGAGGUGUCAUUGUCCGGGUAGAAGAAUGCAGCCAUCCGAUAGUAAUGAAGGGUUUAUGUGCUGAAUGUGGCCAGGACCUGACUCAGCUGCAGAGCACAAAUGGGAACCAGCAAACUCCUAUCUCCACAGCAACCGUCUCCAUGGUGCACAGUGUCCCUGAGCUGAUGGUCAGCUCCGAGCAAGCGGAGCAGCUGGGCAGAGAAGACCAGCAGAGACUCCACCGGAACAGAAAGCUGGUCCUGAUGGUGGACCUGGACCAAACGCUGAUCCACACCACUGAACAGCACUGCCAGCGUAUGUCCAAUAAGGGCAUUUUCCACUUCCAGCUCGGGCGAGGAGAGCCCAUGCUCCACACGCGACUGCGCCCACACUGCAAGGCUUUCCUGGAGAAAAUCGCCAAACUCUACGAGUUGCACGUCUUCACGUUCGGGAGCCGCCUUUACGCGCACACCAUUGCUGGCUUUCUGGAUCCUGAAAAGAAGCUUUUCUCUCAUCGGAUCCUUUCCAGAGAUGAAUGCAUCGACCCUUUCUCCAAGACGGGGAAUCUUAGGAAUCUCUUCCCCUGUGGUGACUCCAUGGUCUCCAUAAUCGACGACCGAGAGGACGUGUGGAAGUUUGCACCUAACCUCAUCACGGUGAAGAAAUACAUCUACUUCCAGGGCACAGGGGACAUCAACGCUCCCCCUGGAUCACGGGAAGCUCAGAUGGCAAAGAAAGCAGGAGGCCCGCCCAGUCGACCAGCGGAGAGCGCCGAACCAGGAGGGACGCUCGGUGCCGAUGAGCAAAAUAACGGCCCCAGUAAAAGGGCCAAAGACCAGAACGUUUCUGGAAUCGAAGAGACCACGGCGUCUCAGUCCUCUCAGGAAGUACCGACAAAUGAACGGACGCACCCCACAGGGGUUGUGGAGGAUGAAUCGGGACGCGGCAAAGGAAACUCCGAAGCUCAGGCGGGCGACCGAACAAACGCUAAGGAAGACGAUAGCAACAGGACGCUGGCGGCACACGAGGCGCAGGACAGUGCAAACUCAUCGGCGCCGAGCCACGGGUCCAACAACUUGGACUUUGACCUUUCCAGUGACAGUGACAAUGACUCCAACACAGAAAAGCCACCCUCACCCGUGAGUGACAGCGAGGCCAAGUCUUGCCAGGCGAAGAAGUCCGGGCAGGAAGGAGUCACGCAAGAGCCCGGGGACGGGGCAAGGGAAGGGGACAUUAAAGGCCCGAGUGAAGCACAAACCGGUUCGGACGCAGCAGAACCUUCAGGAGUUCUUCUCCCGGACCCCGAGCUGGGGAACGGCUGCUCAGAUAGGAGAGAGCCAGAAACGGAGUCCCAGAACAGUGAACAAUCUGGGGUGACCAUGGGCGAGGAGCUGCUGGACCAGAGCAUGGAGGACGAGGAGGAGGAGGAGGAGGAGGAGGAAGAAGAAGAAGAAGCGGAUAUCGACCAGGACGAUCACCUGAUCUACCUGGAGGAAGUGCUGGAAAGGAUCCACGCAGAGUACUACGCCCGGUACGCGGCCUACCUGAGGAAGGAGACCUCGGAAACGCCGGACAUUCGCAAGAUCGCCCCGGAGCUGAAAAGCAAGACGCUGGAGGGCACGACGAUCGUGUUCAGUGGCCUGUACCCGACCAACUACCCCAUGGAGAGAACCCGGGAGUUCUACCACGCCAAAGCACUGGGGGCCAAGAUUAGCAAGAACCUGGUUCUUAGCUCCCAAGAUCCCAGUCGGACAACGCAUCUCAUCGCAGCUAGAACUGGCACCGAGAAGGUUCGUCAGGCUCAAGGCUGCAAGCACCUCUUUGUUGUCAACCCCGACUGGCUGUGGAGCUGUCUGGAGCGCUGGGAGAGGGUGGAGGAGCAGCUGUACCCACUGAAGGAGGACUAUUCCAAGACGCCGAGGAGUAACAGUCCAGCAGCAUUACCUGACAUGCAGGGUUCCCUGCAGAAGCAUAUUUUCCACCCUGCUCCCAUCCAGCCCAGACCUCAACCUGCAGCCCCGGAGGUUCGGACCUACGACCCCGUCACAGGGAAGCUGAUCCGCAGGGGCCCUCAGGCGCCUCGGCCCCCAUCCUACCUCCAGGCGUCGGGGUCUGUGAUGCACUCUGAUCACAGAGAGCAGUCUUGUCUCAGGGGGACUUCACCGAGUCAGCAAGACGACGCGGCGGGGUCCAGCCAAGACGACGAGCAGCCGGGGCCGUCUCGUCGGAAACGGCAGCCGAGCAUGUCCGAAAGCAUGCCUCUAUACAUGCUAUGCAAGGAGGACCUGGACAGCAUGGACAGAGAGGUAAGCCGACCUGGAGUGGUUUUGCCCUCACAAAAAGGAAACCGCUCACCCAGAGGAGGAGAAGGAGUGGGCUUAGAAAACUAUGAUGGUACAUGUCUGUCACAUGUAGAGCAGAGGCAGGAAAGCGACAACGAAAGUGAGGGCCGGGGGAAGGAGAAGCCGGGUAAUGAAGAGGCGGAGGAGGAGGAGCAGCGGCAGCAGCCAGCAGCUGGACAGAUAGCAGAAGGAAGGCUCGGUCCUCAGGCCGCGAGCUCAGAAGAGAGGAUCCAGACGCCAUCCACUGAGGCCAGUGUGCCGGCUAGUGUGCCAAGAGGCCACAAACGUAAGCACGAUGAAGCUAAGGAGGAGGCGGAGGAAUCUGCCGACGAGUCUUCUAAAGACUCCAACGAGGAAGAGGGAGGAAGCAGCUCAGAGGCGGACGAGAUGGCCGCUGCCUUGGAGUUGGAGCUCAAUGACUUUAUGUGACGUGGAGAACGAAGGGACUCGGUCACAGGAAAAGGACGACAACAACAAAAAAAUCAGCCCCUGUCGCCUCGAAAGUGGUACCUAAAAAUCCUAUUUUUCUGCUUUUGGAAUCUGUGUGUACGUAGGAUGUAUGAGCCAUGAAUGUGUGCUGUAAUAAAAAUGAAUGUCCUGUACAGAAAUGACGUGUUGCUGUGUAAAUAAAAGGCUUAGAUUUUUUUUUUUUUUUUUUUUUUGUAGCAUUGAUAUAUUGCCUUUUUUGGCACAAAACCAUUUGAUGUUAACAUUUUAUUGUAUGAUAACAAACCGUAGAAGACAUGACAUUUGAUACUUUUUUUUUUUUUUUCUCUUUCUUUUUUUCUAUUUCAAUUUUUAUAUUGAUGAGAAAAAGAUAAAUGAAAUUCUAAAGCUUAAACUUUCCUGGUCGUACAUGCCAAAGAGUUUGGAAUAGGUUUGCCAAGGGCGUGCAGCUAAAUAUUUUACUCUGGACUUCCAGUUUUACUUUUUCAUUUUGGCCUCUUUAACAGGUUGUUAGGGUCAUAAAUGCAACCAGCGGAUCUAGACAUUUUGAAUGUGUUUUUACCGAGUCAUUUCUUCCUACUCGUGGUGUUUGUACAUUUGAUAACAUAAUGGUAAGGUAAGCUUCUCCAGUCUUUUGUGAUUACCAGCCCAUUGGUGCACUAUAACCGUGAACAGAAUCGAACUGAACUCCCAAGUUGUGUCCAUUUUCAUGUGUUCCAUAAGCUCACCUUUCCCUUGGUCAACCCAUCUCCACUAUCUAUCCAGUUCAGAAGGACAUGACGCUCUCACUAAAGCCGUUGCUUACUGUGUGUACACUGGAGCUUGUACCUUGUGCUAAUCCUGUUGCCUCAGAGGGUAAGUGACAAACACAUUUAUUUUUUUUCACUUACCUUUAGUGUUAUGGAAAUGCAGAUAGUUUUUUUGGGGGGGCUAAGGCUAGUUUUUAAGGUCUGCAUCUCUGAGGCUUCUGCCUCCACUCCAGUACAAUGGUGCAGAGCCACCAGGGGUUUCUUAUGGUAGAAAAAAAAUAUAGAUUGAUGUGGAACUACAACUAAACUAAGCGAAUGGCUGCUUCAGAGACAACGUGGCCGCACUUUGGUUAAGGUUCGGGAAAUGUGGUUUAGGUUAAAUGUUACUAAACACACUGCGUCUUGUGUUGCAAUCAAACUUCAGAUUAUUUUCUGUACUGAUCGAAGACUGGACCACGAUCUUUCCCUAACCAAAGUGCUUUUGAAAAUGUGGCCGUCGCAACAAGCAGACAUUGUACUGCAAGAUCGGAUAUAAAAAAAAAAAAAAGAAAAUGGAAUUUCUCUGCAUUAUAUAGUUCCUUCCAAACAUAUUUGCUGUUACAAAUUAGUUGUAAAGAAAACAUAAUUUCUAGGAGUUGGAAUGUACAUAUUCCAGAAAUUGUAGUGGGAGGUUUAGACCGAAAACAUCCCUGUUUAAAAAAUGAAGAAGAAGAAGAAGAAAAAUGUGCAGGAAUGUGUGCUGGCUCCCGACAUGUUCUUGAUCAGCCAACACAGCGCCAUCCUAGAUGAUGUUGCCUUGUUGGAAAAACUUCAGCCAGGUUCAACUUUUAUGCCAGGGCCCUCUGCGUUAAUAAUUUGUUUCUACCAUAUGAACUCUUGGGCCCUCCUUACAAUUCCAUUUGUAGUGCUCACGGCAUUACACUUUAAAUGAUUGAUAAGAUUCAAGUGCAACAUCUCUCUCCAGAGUUAUUGUCACUGUUGGUCAGGGUCAUUGACAAUAAACGCUGUUAACAUUUUUUUUAUAGGAACUAAUUCUUAAGUAGAAAGUAGUUCCAGUGAAUACCUUUUGACAGCGACUUACAAGGAUUACGCAGAGUAAUGGGGACGUUGAUUCUGGAGAGAGAUGUGACUCUUUGAAUUUUUGAAUAUCUCUGUCUAGUGAUUGAUCCACCAGAAACAAAAAUCCAUUCAUCUCUGUCGUAUUUGGGAUGGCAGUAGAAAUCUGAGACAAAAAUAUCUGCAUGCCACAGUAGAUAAUCACUAGAGGUAAGUGAGAAAAUGUGUUUUUUGGUAUUUGUUUGUCCAAAGCGGCAAUAACCUCAAAGCUCCUCUCUUCUCGCUCUUUGGUGUACUUUGGUUUAAACCAGCCUGGUUGGUAAAUGGAACCACGCUGCAUGCACUUGACCAACAUUACCCGUUACAGGAUUCCUGUGUGUUCAAAUGCUUCCAUCUCACUGUCAAAGUUGCCUAGGGCGACUAAUGAAGCAUAUAAUGUUGUACCAAGACUGCUUGCAUUCACCGUAAAUGUUUGGCAUCUAUGUAGAGUCCAGUCUACAGCACUGAGUCUGUUUUCGUCUCGUUCGAGAGUUCUAAACAGUCAAAGGUCUUCCUUUCUCCAAUUGUAAUUACUGUCCUUAGGCAGGAGAGCAGCUGUCUGUCUGAGUCUUUACCUUCACCGACCACACCCAACAACACAUCAAGAGUUUCCUUUUACAGUGACAGUCAUGCCGUUUCUUUUGGUUGUUGUGUUCCUGGUGCUUUUAACGUUGGUUUCAAUCAAACAACAAUUUAAAGUAUUUGUAAAGUCUAUUUCCUACCUGACCCGGAAAGAAAAGAUACUUUCUUCAAAUAAAAAUGUUUCUAAGUAACACAA